AUGUGUUUUGAGUGGUAGCUAUGCGAUAAUAUCCUGAUUUUAACUGAACUGAGCAUAACUAGGCAUUUCCAAACCGCUUACGGGUAAUUAUCAAUAGUUCUUUUAUAUGCUCUUGGGUAAUCUUGAAUAUAUUGUCAUCAUAGAAUAAAAAAAAGAUUAUUUUAUUUCAAGCACAGGUGUAGUUUUUUUUUUUCUCGAACAACGAAGUGAAAACUAUCCACUGCUACAGGGAGGGCGUCUACUGGAUGUGACUUUUAUUACCUUUCCAUUGUCACCAUUCCGAAUAGUUUGUUUUAGUCCUUUCCCUUGACUGCAGUAUGAAAAUUCUUUUCGUGUGCAUUGGUAACUCAUGCCGGUCUCCGAUGGCGGAAGCAGUGAUGAAAGAUUUGCUAGCGAAAGAAAAUAUCCACCAUUGUUUGGUUGACAGUGCGGCAAUUGCCAGCUGGAAUGUAGGUCGAACACCAGAAGAGCGAUGUCUGCAGGUGCUGAGUGAAAAUAAUCUGACCUCGGAACACAUUGGACGGCAGAUUGUGGAAGAGGAUUUCGUCGAGUUCGACUACAUCUUCGGGAUGGAUGAGGGAAAUAUGAGAGAUUUGAAAGCAAUGUCACCGGUGGAUUGCCAAGCCAGAAUUGAGCUACUGGGAGAGUACAGCAUGAAAGAAUAUGAUAAAAUUAUUUUUGAUCCUUAUUUCGAGCGUGGAAUCCAUGGGUUUAGAAGGUGCUUUGAUCAAAUAGUGACUUGUUGCAAACAUUUCAUCAAACAAAAACUACUCUGUACCGAUGAAUGAACUGUUUCGUUACAUUUGAUUAUAUUUUCCUUCUAUUAUUGCGUCGAUAAAAUUAUCCCAUUUUUGUUGCAAUAUUUCUGCGUAUGAUGUUCUUUCAUUCGAUGUCAAUGUGCUGUAUCUAAAAAUAAUGUUAAUAAUUUUAAGUCUGUGCUUCAGAAAUAAAGAUUCUAGUCAAU